AUGGCUCAGGUGGCGAAGCCUCAAGUCAAGGUCGAGAAGACCUCUAACCGUCCCGAUGAGUGGAAGAUUGAGCAGGGACUUGCGGGGGCCGAGCUUCCAGUCUUGGACAUGACCAAACCUCAGACGGAGCCUCUGGUCCCCCAAGUCUUCGGCCCUUGUACUAAGGAUGAGGAGGCGAUCAAGUCUGUCGGUGAUCCCAACAAAUUGUUCACCAGAGAGAGAGAAGGCUGGACUGGAUUUGUCGAGUGGGAGAACUAUCCCGAGAAAAAAGCAGCCGCCCACAAGAUCCUGACAUCGCAGACCUUUCCACCCAAUCCGGAAUUCCAGCUUGGCCCUAUCCCCGGAACCAACCCUGUCCUUCCGGGCACUCACUGGAAGAUGUGGCAUCAUGCGGUCGGGGGCGAGCUGACCAACAUUCCCGAGGACUCUUGGUCCACCGUCCUCAAGGAGAAGCAUCCCGAUAUGCUUCACCUUCUGCAGUUCCCGUAUAACGGAGAACCGCCCAAGCGCCUCGUCACUGACAAGGAGAUCACCCCCAACCCUCUCCAUUUCGUGAGAAAUCACGGAGGCAUCCCUCUGAUUGACAAGGACAAGUACAGCUUUGUCGUGGAUGGUUUCGUUGCAAAGCCUCGCGAGUACACCCUAAACGACCUCAUGGACGAGUCUAGGUUCCCACGAAUGGAGAAGAUCAUUACUAUGCAAUGCUCUGGUACCCGACGUAUUGAGCAAAUUCUCAAGUAUCCCGGCCAAGGCGACGAAGUUCCUCAGGCGCCUUGGGCAGAGGGCGCUAUUGGAACUGCAAAAUACGUCGGAAUCAGUAUGAAGAAGGUGAUUAAGGAAUGCGGAGGCUUGGUUGAGGGAGCGAAGCACCUCGAGUUCUACGGUGCCGACACCUACUUCAAGGAUGACAAGACAAUGAACUACCUUGUCAGCAUUCCCUACUCCAAGGUCAAGGCAAACGAAGUGAUGCUUACCUGGGAGAUGAAUGGCGAGCCUCUCCCUGCCAUCCACGGGUUCCCCCUCCGCAUCAUGGUCUUUGGCUACAUCGGUGCCAGGAGCGUCAAGUGGCUCUACCGCAUCAAGGCCAUCAAGCAGCCUUCUCGAGCGCCAGUCCAAAGUCAGGAAUAUCUAUACUUCCCCCAGCAGGUCGGGAAGCACAACUUCAAGCUCACCGACGGCAUCCAGAUCCAGGAAAUGCCCGUCAGCUCCGCCAUCAUGUCGCCGUGGCACAAGCAAGUGUGCAUUCACAAUGGCAAGAUCCGAUGCAAGGGCUGGGCGUACUCUGGAGGCGGUCGAUGGCCUGAGCGGGUCGAGCUGUCGUCCGACGGAGGCUUCAACUGGUACACGGUCCCCGUCGACAAUCUCUCCAAGAAGCGGAGAUGGACAUGGCGCACGUGGCAGUUUGAACUCCCCUGCGACCCCGAGGGCUGGGUUGAGAUUGUGUGUCGUUGCUGGGACAAUGCUCUGAACACGCAGCCGCCCAAUGUCCGUACGGCCUGGAACUGGGGCUUGCACGUUACGAGCUCGUGUCAUCGAAUCUCGGUGUACAGCAUCAACAAGACCCGUCCGUUGACCAGGGCCCGUCUUGACGAGUUUGAGAAGGCGGGGAUUCCGUUUGGGCCGAUUACUGUGCCGCUCGCUUUUCCUGCGCAGACUUGGGAGGAUUAUGAAAAGUAUUGGAAGACUCAUGAUCCUCGCGAUGCCGAGGAUGACUGA